AUGCCUUGCUUUGAAGCCCCUGCCCUGCAAUCACCACCAGCAUCUCUGUGCAUGGUUCAAACUCUGUCAUCCUUGGUACCUGGGCGUGUACCACCUCCCAUUGAUGUAUCUGCGCCAUCUGCCAUCGCUAAAAUUGUUGAGAAUGAUUCUGGUGUAUCUGCACUAUCCGCCAUCAAUAACAUGAAUGAUUGUGUAUCUGCACCAUCUACCAUUGCUAACAUUGUUAUUGAGAAUGAUUUUGGUGUAUCUGCGCCAUCUGCCCUUGCUAAUAUCAUUGUUGAGAAUGAUUUUUGUCCACCUGCGCCACCCGCCUACGAAGCUGACAUUGUUCAGGGCACUGAUUCGAGUACCUUAAACUCAAUAUAUAUAUUCUUAACGCCGUCUUUCACACCUCUUUCAGAUAUGGAAUAUGUUGAAGUCUACGAGGACGAGCGACUCUAUGUGAUAGCCGCUGAUCAAAUGGUGGAUGAAUGUAUGGUGUACUGUCACUGCGGUGUGCUAUAUAAUGUGCCAGCCAGUAGUGCUAAGGAUGGAGUUCAUCCUCCAUUCUUCAUCGUGACUCGUGGGCGCUACAUUGGGGUUUUCUGUGGACGGCAUAACUUAGCACCCAUGGUUGAAGGACUUUGCCACGCUGUACAUGCUGAGGUUGACUCACUCGAGGAAGGUGAAAGGGCAGUCAGGAACGCAAUCGCGAGAGGGGAAACAGUUCUAUUCCCAAUACCGUUGAAGGCUUAA